AUGGUGUCCUCUUCUCUCUCAUCAUCCUCUUCCUCUCCGUCCCCCUCAGCAUCAACUAAGCUCCACUUUAUUGCUUCUGAGAGGAGACUUGCUGCAUUCACAGCUGAAAUGGCAUCCAUCUCGGGGUGUUUAGCACACUUGUCUGUCGCUGCUGCAUAUAUGAACCGAUUUCCAAGCACGAUGUUCGGAAAACAAUCGUCGACAUCUUUAUCCGUCGGGAUGGGGUUGUGCUUGUACAUGCUCUUCGGAACAGCUUCAAAAUGCUUCAAAUCCGCACCUUCUUCAAACAUCUCUUCAAACAAGCCUCCUGACUGGAAAUCGGCCCCGCAUAGAACUGUGUAUACCCCAGGACUCUCGUUUGACGAUUCACGAAUGCGCUCGAAUCGCGACACUCCAGGCGCGUGUGUAAUUUGA